AGAAAUUGUUUUAAAAAAUUAUGUUAUUAUUAUAUUAAUCCACCUACAUUUGGCAUUUGACUGGAGAUAUGUUUCACACUUUUCCUCACAUUGUCCUUACAGCUAUCGUUAGGUUAACUGACAGUCCAUAAGCCUACUAACUAACGCUACAGUACUGACGCCAGUGCCGUUUGAAAACAAAACCCCAGACCAACGCCAGUCGUUGCUUUGCUAACAUAUAAACAUAUUGUUAGCAACAAACUCGCUGGCUAAAAGCUAACUUCACCUGCUAGAAAUGAUAUUAAACCACUCUAACCAACUCACUUGUGCUGGUGAUUAGGUCGUAUGAGGUAUGUGUCUGACCCCUCCAUCGCAUGUCAAUAAUGUAACUGAAUGCUCGCUACAACAACAGAGAGGACAUGAAGAAGGAAGACGGUUGCUAACAAGCUAAUCUUAGCAGAUUUGUAUCCGUUACCAUAGCGACGUUCCUAGUUUUCAUAGUUUCCUGUUUCAAAAUAAGAGUACGGUAAAGACGUUCGUACUGGACUGUUCAAUGGUGUACUCUAAACCAGUGAUUCGUGAGAGGACUGCAGGCCAACAGGAGGGGAGAGACAGAAAAGAAGUUAAAGCUGGACUUGAAGUGAAAGUUGAAGUGGAACCAUGCACAGGAGAAGGUGGCAUACAUUGACCUGACACCACUGACACUAACAGCAUGGCACUACAGGAAUGGACAAGUAUCUUCAAGAUUAAAGCAAAGAAACUUAAACAAGAGGACUUCUGGUGUCUGGGGUUUGAUGAAAAUCUUGUGCCUGAUUGCCCAAACAUGGGCUGGAAGCAGUACAUCAGGAACACAUGUGCAAGGUUCAAAUGCACCAAGUGUGGAAGGGGCUGGCCUUCUAACCGGGUGAUGGUGGUCUUCCACAUGUGCUUGACACGCGGCAUUGGCUUUGUCAAGGUGAGGUGCUUCCGUCAGAACUGCAAGAUGUGCGACAAAGCUCCAAUGGAGACGCCUAGCAUCAGCUCCGAGAACAUUGACAUCCUACUGGAAAAUCUGGUGGAGAAGAUAAGAAUGAAAUGCUACCAUGAAAACCUGGGCAGAAGGAACAGGCCUAAUAUAAGCCUGGAUGUCAAAAGUCCCCAUGAGCCUGCUCAUUGUGAGGCCUGCAUUCAAGGCAUCUGUACGAGGAGUUGAGCUUGUGUUGCUUCUAUUAAUUAAAGCCAUCUAUUAAUUUAAAAACGUAUGUCAUAGUUGCCUCAGACGGUCUUGUAUUUAUUCCUGAAGUUUUUAUUUUAUUUUAUUAAGAGUUUUAAUGAUGUUUUAUGCCUAAACUCCUAUGAGAAAAGCAUCAAUUGUUGUAAGUUAGUAUAUGUAUUCUUGUUGGUGCUCAGUUUUCUGUAACACAUUUGCUUGUUGCUCAAAACCAUUAAGCAAGCCUUGAAACAGAGCUGUAACUGAUAAAUAAAGCUUAUACAAUCAGUAAA